CAAACGUGUGAAGAGGUAAUGGCCAUGGGAACGCUACCUCAUGCACUGGUCAUACCGUACCCAGCUCAAGGCCAUGUCAUACCCCUCAUGGAACUCUCUCACUGCCUGCUCGACCAUGGGUUCAUGAUCACGUUCGUGAACACCGAGUUCAAUCAUUCCCGAAUGGUGGCCUCACUGCAAAAGACGGGUGGUGAUAAUGAGCGGAUACGCCUGGUUGCAAUACCAGACGGGCUAGCACCAGGUGAAGACCGGAACGAAGUAGGCAAGUUGUGUGACAGUGCUUUAAGCUUCAUGCCCUCUGCCUUAGAAGAGCUGAUAGGGAGGAUUGACAAGUCCAACGAUGGCAACAUCACAUGCGUCAUUGCGGAUGCGAGCAUGGCAUGGGCUUUGGAAGUAGGAAGAAAGAUGGGGAUCCGAGGAGCCGCUCUUUGGCCCGCAUCAGUGGGCCUCUUGGCUCAGAUCUUUAACAUUCCAAAGCUGAUCGAGGACAGUAUCAUUGAUGCCAAUGGUUAUCCAUCCAAACAUCAGAUGAUCAAGCUCUCUCCGACAAUGCCCAUGAUGAACACCGAACACUUAUCUUGGCUCUGCAUCAAUGACAACAACGUGCAGCAGUCCCUCUUCCGAUAUGCAAACCAUAUCAACCGAGCUCUCGAAUCUGCUGACUGGCUUCUUUGCAACUCAUUCCAUGAGAUUGAACAAUCUGCAUUUGAAUUGGUUCCAAACAUCCUGCCAAUUGGCCCGCUUCUGGCAGGAAGACGACUUGGACGGCUCGAAGGGAACUUUUGGCGGGAGGACUCCACUUGCCUGAGCUGGCUUGAUAAACAACCCGCCUGUUCAGUUAUUUAUGUGGCCUUCGGCAGCUUCACUGUCUUCGACCAAUGUCAGUUCCAAGAGCUAGCACUUGGGCUCGAACUUUCUGGCCAUCCAUUCCUGUGGGUAGUGCGACCGGACCUCAUGGAUGGAUCAUCGGACGCCUACCCAGAUGGUUUCAAAGAAAGAGUGGUAGACCGCAGUCUGAUUGUAGGCUGGUCACCUCAACAAAAGGUGUUGGCCCACCCUUCAAUUGGCUGCUUCUUGAGCCACUGUGGUUGGAACUCGACCAUGGAGGGGUUGAGCAAUGGAGUUCCUUUCCUCUGCUGGCCUUACUUUACUGACCAAUUCCUUAACAAGGCAUACAUUUCAGAUGUUUGGAAGGUUGGCUUAGGAUUCAUACCAGAUGGAAACGGGAUCAUACCAAGAGAAGAGAUAAAGGGAAAACUGGAUGAAUUGCUUGGUGAUGAUGGUAUAAGAGCAAGAUCAUCGGAGCUCAAGGAAAUGGCUAGAAAGCAGGUCGGCGAAGGAGGAUCGUCUUUGAAGAAUUUCAACAGUUUCAUUGAAGCAAUGAAGUUAGAGAAGGGAUGGGUUUAUUAGCAUGAAGACUUAUGAAGAGGUGACUUACAGCACACGUGCCAUAGAUAACUCAUAAGUCUGGCUAUAUGUUUAUUUUCAGGCCCCUACAUAUUUGCAAUGGCCCACCUGAUGAAUGUCCUGGAUUUUCCAUAUAUAUCCAACAUCCAAUUCUAUCAUUGACCUAAUGCAUGAAUCUGCUUUAUAUUUUCACGCCCCUGCAUAUUUACAAUGGCCCACCUGAUGAAUAUCUUGGAUUUUGCACAUAUAUGCAACAUCCAUUCUAUCAUUGUCUUGCUACUAUGAAUAUCCUUACCUUCUUGUCCUUU